AUGUCUCUUCUCAUGGAUGGAACCCUCUCGCUCGGCCAUGCCGGAACUACGGUGACGUUUCUUGGUUGUGGAACACUCGGCACCUCGAUUCUAUCGGGUGUGAUGGCAUCUCUCUCUGAGCCCAGAAGUUCGUCUGCCUACCCUCCACAGUCGGGUUCCGCCACACCCUCCGAGGGACUGCCCGUACACCAGAUCCCAUCUCGAUUCAUCGCUUGUGUACGAAGAGCCGAGUCCGUCAAGCGUAUCCAGCACAUUCUCAGCCCGUACAACCUUCCCUUGACCAUUCUACAAAACGAGAACAUCAAGGGUGUCACCGAGGGCGAGGUCAUCAUCCUCGGAUGCAAGCCAUACAUGCUCGAUGAGGUUCUCAACGUUCCCGGAAUGAGGGAGGCGCUCAAGGGUAAGCUCUUGAUCAGCAUCCUUGCUGGUGUGCCUGCCGGGCAGAUCGAAGAUGUACUCUACAAGGACUCCGAUGUCGACAUGGCGGAUAGAUGCCGUGUUGUACGUGCUAUGCCAAACACAGCUGCAAUUGUCAGAGAAUCGAUGACUGUCAUUGCUAGCACCAACCCCCCGCUCUCCCAACUCCAGUCUACCAUGGUGGCCUGGAUCUUCUCUCGUGUCGGUCGUGUCAUCACCCUGCCACCACACAUCAUGGACGCAAGCACUGCCCUGGCUGGAUCCGGCACUGCUUUCGUUGCCCUUGUUUUGGAAGCCCUGGCUGACGGAGCCGUCGCUAUGGGCCUGCCAAGAGCCGAGUCGCAGUUGAUGGCUGCUCAGGUCAUGCGCGGAACCGCUGGAAUGGUUCUGAAUGGCGAGCACCCAGCUUUGAUUCGCGAGAAGACUAGCACCCCUGGUGGAUGCACUAUCGGUGGUCUCCUCGUUCUUGAAGAAGGACGAGUCCGAGGAACGAUCGCACGCUCCGUCAGAGAAGCGACCGUCGUUGCCAGCCAGCUUGGCAAAGGUGUCCAAGGCGUUAACGGAACGCGAUUCUAA